GUGAGCACGAACACCGGCUUCUAAUGGGUCCUCUCCUCCCUGUGUCCUAGUCAUGACACAAUGUCUGCGGGUAUAAAAGCGAGAGCCACUCCUUCGAAGCCUACUGUACGCCUGGUGGCAACCGCUAGUUUCGUACAGUAGGAGGACAGGGGUCUGAGGAUGGCGACGCUUGUGGAGUCGGCCGAAACCGAGCCUGCAUUCAGUCGCAAUGCAAUGGCAUCUCCUACAUCUUCUAGCCUUUCACACCGAUUUCUCGACAACAAAUUUUAUCUGCUCGUGGUUAUUGGAGAAAUUGUUACCGAAGAUCACCUGAAGUGCGCCAUUGCAGAUAUAGAAAAAGGGAUCCGGUCGUGGGACACAAACCUCAUUGAAUGCAACUUGGACCAAGAACUCAAGCUUUUCGUUUCUCGGCACUCAGCAAGAUUUUCACCGGAUGUACGAGGUCAGAAAAUUCUGCACCACAAAAGCAAUGUCCUGGAGACAGUGGUACUUAUCAAUCCCUCAGAUGAGGCUGUCAGUACUGAGGUUCGGCUGAUGAUCUCAGACACUGCAAGGCACAAACUACUCGUACUAUCAGGACAAUGUUUCGAAAACACAGGGGAGCUCAUUCUUCAGUCUGGGUCCUUCUCAUUCCCAAAAUUCAUUGACAUCUUCACUGAUCAAGAGAUUGGGGAACUGCUCAGCACUACACAUCCAGCGAACAAAGCAAACCUCACUUUAUUCUGCCCCGAGGAAGGUGACUGGAAAAACUCAAAUCUGGACAAACACAACCUACAGGACUUCAUCCAUAUGAACUUGAGCUCUGCCUUAAUACUGCCAGAAAUGGAAGGCCUCUCAGAGUUUACUGAAUAUCUGUCAGAGUCUGUGGAAAUCCCAUCGCCUUUUGACAUGUUAGAGCCUCCAACCUCUGGUGGAUUUCUAAAGCUUUCGAAGCCAUGCUGCUACAUCUUCCCGGGUGGUCGAGGAGACUCUGCCUUAUUUGCGGUCAAUGGAUUCAACAUGCUAAUCAAUGGGGGUUCUGACCGUAAGUCCUGCUUUUGGAAACUGGUCAGGCAUCUUGACAGAGUAGACUCCGUUCUGCUGACACACAUUGGAGAUGACAACUUGCCUGGGAUCAACAGCUUGCUACAACGGAAAAUAGCCGAACAAGAGGAGGAGCUGUCCCAGGGUUCCACAGCCAACAGUGACUGGAUGAAAAAUCUCAUCUCCCCAGAUCUUGGAGUUGUGUUUCUUAAUAUUCCUGAAAACCUUGAAAACCCAGAGCCCAACUACAGAGUGAGAAGGAACAUUGAGGAGGCUGCCUUCACCCUGCAAUACUUGAACAAGUUGUCUAUAAAACCUGUAACUCUUCAGAGGCCUGUUGGAAAUGCCAUAGACCCUAUUAUUUUAUUUCAGAAAAUGGGUGUUGGGAAAUUGGAGAUGUAUGUUCUGAACCCAGCAAAAAACAGCAAAGAGUUGCAGUACUUUAUGAAACAGUGGACUGGUAGUGAGAAAGACAAGGCUUCAGUGUUGCUUCCAAAUGGAAAAGAGUCAGAGAUGCCGGUGUCUUAUUUAACCUCCAUUUCAUCAUUGAUGGUGUGGCAUCCAGCUAACCCCUCUGAAAAGAUUGUUCGUGUCCUGUUUCCUGGCAAUGCGACACAAUAUAAUAUUCUUGAAGGCUUGGAGAAGCUAAAAAAUUUAGAUUUCUUGAAACAGCCUAUUGUGACCCAGAAAGAGUUAUCUUCAGAUUUGGCACCAACACUGAAGCAAGCAAAACUAAAGCACAAAACCGAUAGCAAGGAAAGUCUAAAAUCAACCUCAAAGCCAUCAUCUAGUCGAGGAGUCAGAAAGGAAUCCAAGGAAGAAGCACCAGAGAAAGCAAAAACAGACUCAGAGGUAGCCCAAGAAAAGACUCAAAAACUUGAGAAAAAAGAGAAACCUCCCAUGAAGAAGGAAAAGGCAAAGACUACUGAGACAGACGCUAAGGCAAAGCCAGAGGAAAUACAAAAAACCGAAACCUCUGAGAAAAAGAAAGAGAUCAAAACAAAAGCAGCUAAGGAAAAGGUAGUUAAAAAAGAAGUCAAGAAAACCACUGAAAAGAAAAAUGAAGAAAAAGAAGCAAAGAAGGAAGUGGCAAAGAAAGAAGAGAAGCUGAUCAUGAAGAAAGAUGAAAAGAUUAAAAAAGAAGAAAAGGUAAAGAAGGAAGAGCCCAAGAAAGAUGCAAAAAAAGAAACUAAAAAGGAUGUAGGAAAAGAUUCUCCAGCAAAAGAAGGUAAGAAAGAACUAAAGAAAGAUGACAAAGAUGUAAAGAAGCCCUCUAAGGAAUUAAAGAAAACUACUACCCAGGCAGAUUCCAAAAAGCCUGUGCUAAAACCGAAAGUGCUGAAGAAGGAAGACUCAUCAAAGAAAGAUAUUAGUAGUCCAGGAAAAUCCAAAGAUAAGGGAAAGAUAAAAAGCUCUAAAAAAGAAUCGAAGCCCAGUGAAGCCACACUUAGUGCUGGUGCUGCUGGUGCCGCUGUUGCUGUUAGUGCAGCUGCAGCAGCUUGCAUUGCAGAGGCAAUUGAAGCUGAAAGAUCAUUAAUGUCAUCUCCUGAAGAUCUCACAAAAGACUUUGAAGAACUUAAAGCAGAUGGGAUUGUAGAAGAUGAUGGGACUAUGCCUCAGACUAAGCAGGAAGAUACAGCGCCUACUCAUAUGAUACAGCAUGAGGAAGUGGUCCUAUGUAAAGAGCCCUCUAAGGUCGAGGAACAAGUGGCAUCUCUGGAUGAAGGAAUAACAACUACUGAAGCUGAAGGGGACAGUGGAGUAACCCCAGAUGAACUGGAGCCUAAAGGAAAAACCAGUGCUGAUGCUAAUGAGAAAUUUGAAGAUGAAGGCACUGGAUUGGAGGAAUCAUCAGAAACUGGAGACUAUGAAGAAAAAGGAGAGACUGAAGAUGUGGAUGAACAGCAAGAUCAGGAUGAAAGGAAAGAAACACAGGAUGACUUGUUAGGCAGCAAAGAAGAGGACCUGCAAGAAGGCAAACAAUCAAAAGAUAGUCUGGGUUCCAAAGAAAGAGAUGACUUGGAAACUUCUGGGAAAGAUAAAGAUGAAGUAACAGACGAUGAAAUUGAAGAAGGCACAACAGCUUUGAAAGAAAGUGACUUCCUGCCAAAGAUGUCUGAACCUCAUUUUCUUUCAGCUGAACAUGCCUUGAUUCAAAAUGAAGCCCUUCCAGAUGCCUCUGAGAGUGAAGCAGCAUCAGAUGAAGAGAAUCGAGAUGAGCCACUUGAGGAAUAUACUGCCACAUCCGGCCACACCCAAUCUACUCUUGAGAUUUCAAGUGUUCCAACACCAAUGGAUGAAAUGUCAACACCAAGAGAUAUUAUGAGUGAUGAAACCACCAAUGACGAAACUGAGUCACCCUCUCAGGACUAUGCUAGGCUUGGAGGGGCUGUGCCAUCAAGUAUUUUUGACAGAUCAAAGCUUUCUCCACUUCAAGACACCCCAGAAUCUGAUCAUUCGAAAAGCGAUGCCACGGAAGGCAUGGAUUAUCAUGUGUCAGCCUCUACACUGUCUCCACCAUCAUCAUUAGAAGAGGACAAAUCCUGCAGACAGCUUCCUUCUGAAGAUGCCAUGUCAAAAGAGAAAGAGGGAGGAUACAGAUUAACGCUGGACACACCAGAAAAAUUCAGCCUUGAUACAACAAGUCUUAGUCCAAGUCCACCUUCACCACUUGUUAGGACACCUACCAGUGAUCACAGUGUAAAUUUGGACUUAACACCAACUGCUAUAGCUGCACCAAUUGAAUUAGGAACAACUCUUUCUGGAACACAGGAAGUGGAGACUACAAACAGUCCAGAUGAUAAGACAUUGGAGGGUGCCUCUUCUACUCAGUCCGCUCCUGGAAGUCCUGGCCAUACACCAUAUUAUCAGUCACCUGUUGAUGAAAAGGCAAGUACACUACCACCUGAGACUUCUGUCAAAGUCCAUGGACCAAUCAUUGUGGAAGUUACCAGUGACAAAGAGGAAUCUCCCUCUAGAGUCAGUCCAAUGGAUGAGCCUGUCCCAGAUUAUGCAUCACCCAUUGAGAAGGUUCUUUCUCCUCUUCGUAGUCCACCACCACUGGGAGAGUCAUCUCCAACAGAGGGUUUUCCAAAUGCAGAUGGAAAGCAACACUUCGAGCUGCCUCAGUCCCCUUCAGAGGUGAGCGAUGACAAGAAGACAUCAGAACAGUCUCAAAGUCCCUUAGCUGACAGCACCUCAACCUCACCCACAACUCCACAGCCUGAGCAGGAGUCCUCAGAUUUAAGACAAGGAAUGGAUAAAGAUGACAGUUGUGUCCAAAGUCCCUUAGCUGACAGCACCUCAGCCUCACCCACAACUCCACAGCCUGAGCAGGAGUCCUCAGAUUUAAGACAAGGAAUGGAUAAAGAUGACAGUUGUGUCCAGAGCGGCACACAAGAAAAAGGAGAGGAAUCAGGGAAAGUAACAAGUGAUCUGUCACCUGUAUUAGUAGACUCCAGCUCCACUGGAGCAUUUAAAGAGGAUAGUAAAAUGUCCAUAUCAGAAGGAACCUCUGAAAAAUCAGGCACUCCAGUGGAUGAAGUUGUAGCAGAGGAUACAUUUUCUCAUAUUGCAUCUGCUUCAACUGCUUCACUUGCUACUAGUUCAUUCCCUGAGCCAACAACAGAUGAUGUCUCCCCAUCAUUACACGCUGAGGUAGGCUCCCCACACUCAACAGAGGUAGAUGACUCCCUUUCUGUGUCUGUGGGUCAGACUAAAAUAACAUUCCAGGAAACAGAAGUCUCACCAUCUAAAGAAGAGAGCCCCAGGCCAAUGUCAAUUUCUCCAGAUUUCUCACCCAAAAUAGCAAAAUCAAGAAUGAGCUCCAUGCAGGAGCCUAGGUCUCCUGAACAGUCCACAAUGUCAAUGGAGUUAGAUCAAGAGUCCCCUGCUCACUCUUUAGCGCUUGACUUCAGCAAACAGUCUCCAGAACAUCCAGUAGCUAGGGAAAGCCAACAUAUUACUGAGAAUGGUCCAACAGAGGUUGAUUACAGUCCUUCUGAAAGACUUGAUAAGAAAUCUGUGUCUUCAGUGGAGACCAUUCUUUUCAUAGAGAAUGACUCUUCUCAGGCUGCUUUGGCUUCUCCUUCAGAUGGCUCCCAGUCCACCCCAUCUGUUAAUACACCAUCCCAGAUUUCCACGCCAUUUAAAGAGGAGGACCAAUUCAAUGUCACAGACCCCAGUAAAACGUCUCCAUGUUCCAUUAAAAGCUCAGCUUCCCCAGAAAGUUUAAUGUUGAAAGCUGAGGAAACUAUACAGCAACUGGAUAAGUCCCCUGCCACUCCCAAAAUUUCAUCCGUCACUCAUUCUCCUCUCUCUUCUGACUCAUCAGGGGUAGGUCCUGAUAAUGUGUCAAUUAAAUGCAUGGAGUCCACUCAAAAUCUGGAAAAGACUCCAAGUCCAAAAGCAAGCCCCUUUAGCGGCUCACCACCAUCAACAGAUAUGUUAUUUAGCAGUGAAAGUUCUGUUGACCACAAUGGGCAAUCAUUGAAAGACAAUGAAGCUAAAGAAAUACAUGACAAGUCACCAUCCCUUCCAGAAGCAGGAUCUCCUCCUUUUUCAAUGUCUUCCUAUUCUUGCUUUUCACAGAAAACAGAAUUUGUGUCUCAGGUAUCAGGGACUAAUCCAUUUCUGUGUGAGGAGUCCACUGGUCAGUCUAAAUCCCCGGUGAGUCCUAAGAUUCCAUCUCCUUCAUAUUUACCACUUUCAUCCAAAUUGUCUGACUUUCAGGACAAGUUUAGUGCACCUUCACAAUCAUCAUCGGCAUCUUUCUCACAAGCGUUUGAAUCCAGUUUUUCUCAAAGUGAAGAACUAAAGAGGGACGAACAAGAAGACCAGAAGUGCGCAGGUGGCUCCAGAGACCCAGAUUAUUCUAAAAAGAGUCCCUCUCCACAAUCUAGAACGGAUGUUGAUUUAUGCUUGGUUACCUCUUGUGAAUACCGGCACCCUAAAACAGAGCUGUCACCUUCCUUCAUAAACCCAAGCCCUCUUGAAUUCUACAUCAAUCAGGAGAAUACUCUGGAAGAAGAAAAACCAUUAGCUAAGUCUGGGGGAGGGCCUCCACCACCUGGUGGGAAACACCAUGCUAGGCAGUGUGAUGAAACCCCACCCACUUCAAUCAGUGACUCUGCUCCUUCUCAGACAGAUUCAGAUGUACCCCCUGGGACAGAGGAAUGCCCCUCCAUCACUGCUGAUGCAAACAUUGACUCUGAAGAUGACUCUGAAACUCUUCCAACGGACAGGACCUUGACAUACAGGCAUGCAGACCCUUCUCCAGUCACCCUCCGUGAUUCUGCACCCUCUCCACCCCAUCCUGACGUAUGCAUGGUUGAUCCAGAAGCCAUGAUAGCUGAUCAAAACUUGUCAAAACCUUCAAAGAAAGAGGGCAGUGAAAAAACUAAGAAGAAAAAACUAGGAAUGAAGUCUAAGACUUCCUCGCCAGCAAAAAAGAGUGGCAUUACAAAAACAAGUGCUGGUAAGGACUCGUCAGACAAAUUUUCAAAGGUUUCAUCUCCAAAGAAGAAAGAACCCUCAGCAUCUAAGUUGAAUGUGAAUGUUGGCGGAGAGGGAAAAGAUGCCAAAAAUGCAUCAAAUACCUCUGCCUCAAAGGGUGCAAAAACUGCUACAUCAGGCUCUGGCAGUGGUAAGACCACUGGAGGGAUGUCCAUCCCUGACUGCCCCCCAAUGUACCUGGACAUGGUAUACAUACCAAACCACUGCAGCGCUAAGAAUGUUGAUGCUGAGUUCUUCAAGCGGGUGAGGUCGUCUUACUACGUUGUGAGUGGUAAUGACCUGGCUGCACAGGAGCCCAGCAAGGCUGUCCUGGACUCUCUUCUGGAGGGAAAAUCUCAGUGGGGCAAUAACAUGCAGGUCACUCUGAUCCCAACCCACGACUCAGAGGUAAUGAGGGACUGGUACCAGGAGACCCACGAGAAGCAGCAGGAUCUCAACAUCAUGGUGCUGGCCAGUAGUAGCACAGUGGUCAUGCAAGAUGAGUCCUUCCCUGCGUGUAAGAUUGAGUUGUAAUUCAUAAUCUCCAUAACCACAUUGCACAGACGCAGUGCUUUAACUUGCAAAAUCCUCAGUGUAAAACAUGGAAAUACAAAAAAAAAAACUGUGAAUCAAGGGUAAAAAUAUUUAAAAUGAAAUCUAUAAACAUGCUGAUACAAUGUACUCAGCUAAGGCAAACAUACUUUAUAACUAAGGCACAUUCCCCAAACCACCAGUAAUUAUUUGAAGUUACAUUGUUUAAAAAAAAAAUAUAUAUAAUGAAAAUUUGAAACCCUUUCUAUAGACUGUUAGUAUAAUACUACAAACCCCAAUCAUGAAGCAUGUCCAUAGGCCUAGAAUGGUGUGUGCAAACGUUUUUGUUUUCCAGAAAAGGGAAUGUCAGAAUAGAUGAAAUAGUGAUCAUUACACAAUGCUAAUUAGCACUGAUAACAGUGGUAGAAACAGAGAAAUAUAAUUGCUAGAAGGGUUCUAUGCCACCCCCGCCCCCUCUUUCAAACCUCUCUAUAAUAAAGUGCUUAAGUAUAAUCUAUAAUACUGUAAUCCUGCAUCUACAGAAGAGGCUGCUGGAAUACCAAAGUACCAGCAACUAUUCCUACUGUGUACAUCCAUUUAGGAUGUCAAACUGGAGUUGACAGCAUCCUACAUAUCAAAGAGCACUAAAACCUAUGUAGACAAAAGUAUUCAUUAAUAUUGGCUUUUGCCCUAAAGCAUAAACCAAAAGAUAAUGGUGUACACAUUUUCUGCCUUAGAAUGUUACCUGAAUGUAUAAGAUACUUUAUGCACGUAAUGGAUAUAGAGAAACAGCAGGCGCAUGAGUUGAAAUAAUUGGAAUGAUAGUCAACGUCAAUUGCCCACCAUCAAGGAAUUAUCUUCAAGAUACUGGAACAGCUCUGUGUAUGUGUAUUGUGUGUGUACUACAACCAUGACAUUUGAGCGAGGUAAAAUAUUCUUAGCUGAUUGAGGGACCCUAUGGAAUAUAAUUUAACAGCUUGGAGAUGAGACCAUUUACCAUAUUUGAUCACUAUAACCUUGCUGGGUUUUAAUUACUUUGUGAACUUAAUGGCACUUAGAGCAGAACAAAUGAUUUUCUAUUGCUUGCUAAGCAGGAGUUCUGCUUUUCAUUAGUGCACUAAAAUGUGGCCAUUCAAAAUGAAUUAAGAUUAGAAAACAUAAUUAAGAACAUCUCACUAUACAGUAAGACUUCACCUAUCUCUUCUGCCCAGUGCAUAAGAAUAACUCUACCAUAGUCUUAUUCUUAUACACUGUAUGAGUACACUGGUGGGUAUACUUUUUCAGCGGAAAGAAAGUCCACCCAAGGCAUACAUUAGCAUUGCAAUAAAUAUUAGCAGUAUUGAAGCCUACAGCUAUAUUUCAGUUCCCAGAUAACUGUCUUACCACAGUGAAGCCUCAUUUCAUUUUUAAAUGAUUUAUGAUUUCAUUUAUGUUUUUCACUACUUUUGGACUGCAUUCAAUUCUGUUUUUAUUUAAUUUGUUGGAGAAAAAAAUCAUAUUCAAAAAAGUAUUUUGAUCCAUCAAUGCCUUGAACAGAGAGGGAUUUUUAAGCUGCUUUUUAUGUGCAGUUCUGCUCUAUAGGCAACACAUAAUGAAAUAGGUUUUUAAAUGUAAUUUCCCCAAUUCAUCUGAUAGUUAAAUCUUAAUCUAGUGGGUAUCAUUAAAUUUUCUUUUCUCAUAAUGUCAGAGGGAAAAAACUUGAAUGUGGUGCAUUUGGCUUUGUUUAUGAAGUGAUAUGAUUUCCAAACCUUUGGACUUUUUCUUUUCAAACUGUACUAUAAUUAUAAAUAACUUUGUGGCAGGGUGAAUGGUUUGGAUGGAUUUGCAUGUGCAAUGUAAAAUACUGAACAUUUCUUUUUUUAAUGCGGGGAAGACUGGAACUGCCAGCCAAAAGUAAAUAAAAAACAGGGCCAUUGUAAAGCUAUAAUACAAGGAACUCAUUCACUGGCUAUUAUCAGAACUACAGCUAUCAUAAGUCUUGUACACGGCAAGUGGUGAUCAUUAUUACAACAUAAAACAUGAUCCACCGUGUCCAAAAUAGUGCCUGCAUCUUUGGACGCUGUUCUUCAGUUAACUGCAAACCCUUUUUGCCAGAACUCUCAGUUGCUCUAUGUAACCGCCGAACUGUAUCCUUCAUAAACAUUGAACAUCAUUGUCAUUAUAAAGCCUUGUCAGAUAUAGCAGAGCUUAAUUUAAACUUGCUGAUGGCGUGGGGAGAUGCAUCAGUGUGUGUAUGCUAUGGGAUUAUAACUGAACUCUUCAUUUUAUAUAUAUAUAUAUAAAAAAAUAUAUAUAUAUAUUUACACAAGGAUUUGCAGAUCCAUGAUCUCAACAAACAUAAUUGCAGACCGUAACAAACAACUGAAAUGACAUUGUUAAAUACUGAACAUUUCACUACAGGAAAAACUCUGAAUAUUAGUUGCAGCAUAAUAUUCCAUCGACAAAACAACUUGGACUUUCAAUACUGGUAUCAUCGCCUCUUCAGUACACUGGACCUGACACAAGAGUGACACAACAGCUUGCAACAGUACCUCUAACCACAUGCAUGAGCAUCCAGUCACAUCACUGCUAACAGACAAACUGCAGAAGUCUUGACCUUUCCUCUUAUUCUUUCUCCUCCUGGGUGAUUGUUAAUGUCUGUCUGCAGCUGUGUAUGGUAUACGUCUUGUAAUCCUUCCUAUCCUUUUCCAAGUCAUAAUGUAGAGGCUAGUUUCCAGUAAAAGUAUUACUUAGUGCUUUUAUGAUAUUUGUGUGCAAUAUCUCCUCCCACUGAGGCAUUUGAUGUAAAGGGAAGUACUAUUAAAAAAGAGGGGAAAAGAA